CGCGCAUCCCCUCGCCCUCCCCCCCUCCCCCCGCCCCCGCCCUCCGGCGGUAAGACCGGACGGGGAGGGAGCCGGGGAGGAGGGAGGAGAGGAAGGGGCGCUCGCAACGGGCGGGAUGAGGCGAUGCGCGUGAGGCGUUGCGGGCUGCAGGGGCCAGGACUGAGGCGGCGGUGGCGGAGAAGCUCCGCACACUGGGACCCAGCCAGCCUCUCCAAAGCAGACUACAUUUCAAAAUGCUUCAGUUUUUCUGGAUGAAUCCUAUGAUCAAAUAUAAUAUGUGCAUACCCUUUUAAAAAGCUCUAUAUUUCACCAGAGAAUAUUUGCAGGAAUGAAAAUGAGGACAUUUUUGAAGAUCAUUUAAAAGUUUCCAGUCAUGUCUGCGAACUAAAAGAUAGUUUUUUAUUAGAUUAAUCAUAAACACUUGAUUUAAAAAAAAGCAUUAGUAACAAUAGUGAUAAGAGGCUGUUACCUUUCUUUAAAAAAAAAAAGCAACUACGGACAUUUAUGGAAGGAAACAUUCAAUAUGCAUUUUCUGAAACUAAAAUCGAGAGACAAGAGCAGGUUUAAAAGAAAACAAAUGAAGAUGCAUGGCAAAUAAAGAAAUUAGAUUUUGCUGUGAUAAGAGCAAGUUAUGUUAAAUCCUUUCCUAGCACUUGGUUGUUUUCCCAAAGACACAGCUUUUCUUGAUAAAGUGGCUAAUAUUUAGGGGUAAAGGAGUAGUUACUAACAAAGCUCCUAGCUGAAGAACUUGUAAUCAUUGGCAUGUGUGGCUUAAAAGGGAAAAUAAGCAAAAAACUUUUAAAUAAGUCAAAAAAGUGAAAGAAUUUUUUUUUACUGCUAUAAUUUUUAAGAGCCUCAAUACAACAUUUGGAAGAAAUUGACAGCCAUUUCAAAAGAUUUAAAGAAAGGCAGAUGUCCGCAAACAACUCCCCUCCAUCGGCACAGAAGUCUGUCUCACCUGCAUCUCUCUCUGCCGCGCUUGCAACCCCUUCUCCAUGUUCAAGUCCCAAGACAGGACUCUGUGCCCGACUAUCCAAUGGAAGCUUCAGCACACCAUCACUUACCAAUUCCAGGGGCUCGGUACAUGCAAUAUCGUUUCUGUUGCAAAUUGGUCUUACGAGGGAGAAUGUUACCAUUGAGGCCCAGGAAUUGUCCUUAUCUGCUGUAAAGGAUCUAGUCUGCUCAAUAGUUUAUCAAAAGUUCCCAGAAUGUGGUUUCUUUGGCAUGUAUGACAAAAUUCUUCUCUUUCGCCAUGACCUGAAUUCAGAAAAUAUUUUGCAGCUGAUUACCUCAGCAGAAGAAAUACAUGAAGGAGAUCUUGUAGAAGUUGUUCUGUCAGCUUUGGCCACAGUAGAAGAUUUCCAGAUCCGUCCACAUGCGCUCUAUGUGCAUUCUUACAAAGCACCUACUUUUUGUGACUAUUGUGGUGAAAUGCUCUGGGGACUGGUGCGCCAAGGAUUAAAGUGUGAAGGCUGUGGAUUAAACUACCAUAAACGAUGUGCCUUCAAGAUUCCAAAUAAUUGUAGUGGAGUAAGAAAGAGACGUUUGUCCAAUGUGUCUCUGCCAGGACCUGGCCUCUCUGUUCCAAGACCCAUUCAAACAGAAUGUGCAGUGUCUCCCAAUGAAGAGGCACAUGUUCACCAAGAACCAAGUAAGAGAAUUCCCUCCUGGAGUGGACGCCCAAUAUGGAUGGACAAGAUGGUCAUGUGCAGGGUGAGAGUUCCGCAUACCUUUGCUGUGCAUUCUUACACUCGCCCCACAAUAUGCCAGUACUGCAAGCGGCUGCUCAAAGGCCUUUUUCGCCAGGGAAUGCAAUGUAAAGAUUGCAGAUUUAAUUGUCAUAAGCGGUGUGCAUCAAAAGUACCUAGAGACUGUCUUGGGGAGGUGACUUUCAAUGGAGAGCCUUCUACUAUCGGAACAGAUAUGGAUAUGCCAAUGGACAUUGACAGUAGUGACAUGAGCAGUGAUGGUGGUCGGGGUUUGGAUGACCCAGAAGAACCAUCUCCACCAGAAGACAAAAUGUUCUUCUUAGAUCCUUCUGAUCUUGAUGUAGAAAGAGAUGAAGAAGCUGUCAGAACCAUCAGUCCAUCAACGAGCAAUAAUAUUCCACUGAUGAGAGUUGUACAGUCAAUCAAGCACACGAAGAGGAAAAGCAGUACCAUGGUGAAAGAAGGCUGGAUGGUGCACUAUACCAGCAGAGACAACCUGAGGAAGAGACAUUACUGGAGGCUUGACAGCAAAUUCCUUACAUUAUUUCAAAAUGAAUCUGGAUCGAAGUAUUAUAAGGAAAUCCCACUUUCAGAAAUUCUCCGCGUGUCUCCGCCACAAGAUCUUUCUCACAUUUCCCACGGCAGUAACCCACACUGUUUUGAGAUCAUCACUGAUACGAUGGUCUACUUUGUGGGAGAGAACAAUGGAGGCAGCUGUCACAGUCCGGUUCUGGCGGCCACGGGAGUGGGGCUUGAUGUAGCCCAGAGCUGGGAAAAGGCCAUUCGUCAGGCUCUCAUGCCAGUCACCCCUCAAGCUAGCGUUUGUACUUCUCCAGGACAAGGGAAAGAUCACAAUGAGUUGUCUAUUAGCAUCUCUGUAUCUAACUGCCAGGUCCAAGAGAAUGUGGAUAUCAGUUCUGUAUACCAGAUCUUUGCUGAUGAAGUCCUGGGUUCAGGACAGUUUGGCAUUGUAUAUGGAGGAAAACAUAGAAAGACUGGACGGGACGUGGCUAUUAAAGUAAUUGAUAAGAUGAGAUUCCCCACAAAACAGGAAAGUCAGCUUCGUAAUGAAGUGGCCAUUCUGCAGAAUUUGCACCAUCCUGGGAUUGUAAAUCUGGAAUGUAUGUUCGAGACCCCAGAACGAGUCUUCGUAGUCAUGGAAAAGCUACAUGGAGAUAUGCUAGAAAUGAUUCUUUCUAGUGAAAAAAGCCGGCUUCCUGAACGAAUUACUAAAUUCAUGGUCACACAGAUACUUGUUGCUUUGAGGAACUUACAUUUUAAGAAUAUUGUGCACUGUGAUUUAAAACCAGAGAAUGUGCUGCUAGCCUCAGCAGAGCCAUUCCCUCAGGUGAAGCUGUGUGACUUUGGUUUUGCACGCAUCAUAGGUGAAAAGUCCUUUAGGAGAUCUGUGGUGGGAACCCCAGCAUACUUAGCACCUGAAGUUCUCAGGAGCAAAGGUUAUAAUCGUUCUCUGGAUAUGUGGUCAGUGGGAGUUAUUGUUUAUGUGAGCCUUAGUGGCACAUUUCCAUUUAACGAAGAUGAAGAUAUAAAUGACCAAAUUCAAAAUGCUGCAUUUAUGUACCCACCAAAUCCAUGGAAAGAAAUUUCUGGUGAAGCAAUUGAUUUAAUAAACAACUUACUUCAGGUGAAGAUGAGGAAACGUUACAGUGUUGACAAAUCUCUCAGUCACCCCUGGUUACAGGAUUAUCAAACUUGGCUUGACCUUAGAGAAUUUGAAACACGAAUUGGAGAGCGUUACAUCACCCACGAAAGCGAUGAUGCACGCUGGGAAGUGCAUGCAAAUGAGCACAACCUUGUGUACCCAAAGCACUUCAUUAUGGCUCCCAAUCCUGAUGAUAUGGAAGAAGAUCCUUAAGUUACCAACAUGCUCAUUUAAGGAUGGAAGAUUUCCAUUAUGAACUGGUCUGCAUAAAUGCUACUCUCAGGCUGUCGUGUGUAAGGGAUGUGAGGAAACAUGGUGUGGUAUCUGACAGCAGUGCUGUGGUUUGUAAGACAUAGGUACAGGAGAGAAGAAUUAAAAUAGAAUGAAAGUUGAAGGAAGAAGUCUUGUGAGCUUUCUAGAAGUACAUGUUACCAUAGGCAAUCAUAAUUAGGUCUUGUAUUUUUCUAUACUUUCGGUUACUGUUGCUUUCUGCCAUUUAAAUACACUCCCAUUUUUGGUUUUUACAUCGUGAAAAACCAAGCUAGUAACAGAUUGUUUGCCUAAUCAAGUUACACGCAAGUUGCAAAAUUUGGAUCUAGGCUGGCUAUUGGAUAGGCUUGCAUUUAAGAGAUCAUUGGGAAAAAUGAGCAUAUGAUUUGCUAUUGACUCUAAACAUUUAUUUGACUGAUCCUUGUAGGAGUUGAAGAUUUUCCCCUGUAUCUGUAAAAAAGGGGGGUAACUUGAUUCACUUUUUUUUUGAAAGUGAAUCAAACUUUUACAUCAGUGAUUCCCAACCUUUCUGGAGUUGUGACACUGUAUAUACUACAUGGAAAAUAAUUUUUAAAUGAGUGGAUUAAUUUUACUUUGAAAUUUUGUAACACCUUUUGAGAUAAUGCAAUCUCCAUGGGUGUUACAAAACCAAGAUGACAAAGCAUUGAUCUAAAUGCCAGGUUGGCAGUAUACUCUUAUAGCCUGGCUCUGGCUGCUAAAUAUUCCCAUUCUUAUUAACAUUUUAGUAUCCUAGUUGGGAGUCUAACUUUCAUUUAGCAUAGGUCUAUUGAUCAGGUUACUGCCACACAAUUAAGAGGAGGGACAAGUGUGUUAAAUAUUCACUAAGGUUAUUGAUAGGUAAAGUUUUAAGUAGCACUCUAGACUUUACCAGGUAUAGACAACCAAACCAAUCUUCUUUUCCUUUGCAUUCCCUAUAAUAUGGAGGGUCUUACAGCUCUUUAGACUUUUUAUAAAUGAAGUACAUCUCUAAGUGAUUGAAACAGCAAACACCUUCUAUUAAUUGUAAAGUUGCCCUUUUUUUUUGUCUCCUUAACACUUAAUUAUCACAAACUGCUCACCAGACUCUGGGGUCUAGCCAGGGCUAUGCUAGAGCCAGCUCUGACCUGACUGUUACAUUUUCAGUGUGAGCAUUUACACAUCGGAAAUUGGCAAAUGCUACAAAUUAGGGCUUGGGCUUGACUUACUGUUUUGUUGAUUGUGACUUAAGAAAGUGAUGGAGAAAAUGUUAAUAAUGCAAUUAAACUUAAAAGUGUGCCGUGAACACAGUCUCUUCCUCCAUUCUCCCUUCCCUGCUGCCCCCCCACCCCACCCCCCAAGAGCCGGUUGUUAAACAUUUACCAGCAUACCCUUGGGUAUAACCCACUUGGGGUAUUGUUUUGCCAAAUUUUUUAAAUGUAAUUAACCAAUACAUAUGAAAGACCAUCUUAGGAUGUCCUCAGCAUACCUGCUGGCUGCUACUAUUGUACAUCAGUCACCAGAUGUCCUAGCAGUCUUGGACCAAUUAAUUGUAAUUGAAGCUAAUUAAAUUCAUGCAACUUAUACUCAUGAAUUUCUGAUCAUAGUUUUAUAGAUUUAGGGCUUGAAGACACCCCAGAGGGGGCUUAGUGCAACCCCCUCAUUGCACAGAUGAGGAAGCUGGAGCCAGAGAGGUGAAUGAUCUGCCUCAGGGAGCAUAGUAAGUGAUGAGCGAGAGCUUGCCCGUCCUCUGACUCCAAAGCCUGCACACUCUUCCUCUGUUCCACCUUGCCUCUCUGUGGUCCCCACUGAUAGCUGAGAGCCCUAGCUUAAAUGGCAAGACUGUAAGCUGCAGAGGCACAAGAAGGCGCUCCUCACUUCUUGUCUCAGGUGUGGCCCUCCACUCAGCAGGCUGAUGAGAACAAGAACAGCUGUUUUUCUGCCCAAAUGUGCACUUGCUCUCUACUCGUGUGGCUUCAAGCCUUUUGUAAGGGUUACUAUCUGUAGCAUGCUCAAGUAAUUAAAAAAAAACCAACACACCAAUCUACAAGAAAUCUAAUCACUCUUUAUGGUAUCUAAUGUUCCACAGCACAGCUACAGUGAAGGUUUCCUUUGAAUUCUGAAAUGUAAACUGUUGUGCAUUUAAGGGCGCAGAGGAGUUUUCUGUUACAUUCACAGAAUCAUAUAACUGGAAGGAAGCCUCAGAAACUAUUGCUGUAUCUUCCCCUCACUCCAGGCUGGACUGCCCUGAACAUGGCCUUGAGAGAUUGCUGAUCCAUUCUGAAACAUCUCUGGGUGGCCUCCCUCAGUAAUUCUUACAAACUAUCCACAUUAAUUUAGAGACAAAAAAAGGUGUUUAAAUUUUUUGCUCAGCUAAAUAUAUAAUAUUUCCUGAAAUUCUUUCAAAGUUAGUCUGUCUUUUAAAAUAAAAAUUAAGGAUAAAUGAGCCAGAUUAUAAUAGCAGACAUGUGGAAUGAAGCAGUUCUGGGCCACCAGGCCUAUCGUUUCACACAAAUGCAAUGAAGAUUGGGAUCAGUGGUAACGGACCACAUGAUAAUGGAAAAAAUAACUGGAAUAUUAUUAGUUUGCUAAAAUUCUGUAUUCAAACAUUGCAAGCCAUGAAGCUAAUUGCACUCUUUUUUUGUAUGUUUUAAGAAGUCAGUUUGUUGUUAAGUCACUGUCAGAUAAUGUGGAGUUGGCUAAAUUACUCCAAGUGCUGUAUAACCCGCAUAAAUAACCUUUUUAUCUUGAAUUCAAGUUGUAUUUGUAUGAGAAGUAUUACAUUUGCUAGAAAUAUUUGCUAUUGUAAAAUAUUAAGCCUAUGACACUGUCCAGUCCUUUUUUUAUAUUUUUGUUACACCCCAUUGUUUGUAAAUAUCCUCUUAAUACCUUGGAAAUAAACUGUAUUUCCCUAUCG